GGGCGGGUGGAGCGGAGAAGGGACAGACAGGGAGAGAAGUUCGGGGAGAAUUUGAAGGGAGCCGGGAGCAGAGAAAGACUAGAGAGGAGAGAAGGAGGAAAGCCACUCCUGUGCUUUCCUGUGACUCAGAAGUACUACUGAUGCUCUGGCGGAGUCGGCAUGGUAAUGGGAAUUAGCGCUUGAUGCCAGUGCAGAGAGCAGCACAAGUGCGUACGUCGGUACCGGCCGGUGAUUACUAAGGAGCAGCAAGUAAGUAUCAUCCCAUGGAGAGGAGCGGCCACUUCGUGACUGAGGCUCUGAGAAGACUUUUCUCUCCUUAGAGCCCUUUAGCCAGGAAGUGGCAGCCGGAGCAUGUGCCCCCUUCUGUGUGCCAUGGUGAGAAGGCACUGAGCUGUGGUGCUGAGAGGAUGGAGGGGACCCAGCUGCCCCCGGUGCCCCAGGCUCUGGAUGCCCUGCUGGACCUGAUGCUCUGUGUGUGCAAUGAGCUCGCCACUUCCCCGCUCGCCCAAGAAACGCACAUCGCCGAGUUCCUCAGCUGGGCUGACCCUCUGGCCCAGCUCAUACGAGAGCAAAGAAUGAAAAGAAGUGAUUUUGACAUCCUUAAAGUGAUUGGAAGAGGAGCGUUUAGCGAGGUUGCAGUUGUAAGGAAAAAAAGCAAUUCCCAGGUUUAUGCCAUGAAGAUAAUGAAUAAGUGGGACCUUCUGAAGAGAUCAGAUGUGGCCUGUUACAGGCAGGAGAGAGACGUUUUGGUAAAUGGGGAUAAGAGAUGGAUAACACAGUUACACUUUGCGUUUCAAGAUGACAAUUAUCUAUACCUUAUAAUGGAUUAUUACGUUGGUGGCGACCUACUCUCACUUCUAAGUAAAUUCUCUGAUGGCUUUCCCAGUCAUAUGGCAGUAUUCUACCUGGCAGAAAUGGUUAUGGCUAUCAGUUCAGUUCACUCUCUAGGUUUCGUGCACAGAGAUAUUAAGCCAGAUAAUAUGCUACUGAACUGUGCUGGUCACAUACGGCUUGGAGAUUUUGGCUCCUGUUUGAAACUUCGGGGAGAUGGCACAGUCUCCUCCUCCAUAGCUGUGGGGACCCCUGAUUAUCUUUCUCCAGAAAUCCUUCUUGCUGUUGAAGACCCAACAUUGUGUUAUGGAGUGGAAUGUGAUUGGUGGUCCCUUGGAGUCUGUGCUUAUGAAAUGUACUUUGGUUAUACUCCAUUCUAUGCUGAUUUAGUAGUAGAAACUUAUGGAAAAAUCAUUCACUUUAAAGAGCACUUUAUAUUCCCCCCUUCAUCCAGCGAGGUUUCUUCUGAGGCAUUAAGCUUUAUCUCAUCUCUCAUCUGUGACCGAGAAACCCGCUUGGGAAGAGGUGGGCUUCAAGAUUUCCAGAUGCACCCACUAUUUGCUGGCAUUGAAUGGGAAAGAUUGAUGGACAGUAUUCCGCCAUAUGUACCUGAGUCAGAGGGAGCCACAGAUACCUCAAAUUUCGAUAUGGUUGAAGAUCAGCUUUCAGAGAUGGUUAGUGGUGGAGGUGAGACACUCUCUGAUGUUGGAGACAGCUCUCCUCUUGGAGUUCACCUGCCUUUUGUUGGCUAUUCUUAUACAGUGCGAGAGGACGACAGGGAGCAUGUUUGGGGAACCUUGAAGAAUGAGUGUGAUUGUAAAAGAGGACUAGUACCCAACCCCCAAAAUAUAACACAUGGAGAUACCGUGGCUGCACCUUUUGAAUCCAUGUUGCUAUCAGACCAACAGAAUGCUCUAGAGAGUGAGAUACAAACGCAAGAAUCCUUAAGUACAGAAAUCAGCCUCUUGAAAUCAACCAAUCAGCACCUAGCUAGUCGAUUAAAUGAAGCUGAUCUGUUAAACUCUGAGCUACAGAGCAAGAUCCGCACACUGGAGGAGAAACUGAGAGAGAAGGAGAAAGAAGAGGAAGAAAGGAGAGAAGAAGUUUUUGUCCCCCGAAGAUGGGAAGUCUGCAAUGAGAAAUUUGAAACUACCUCUAGGAAUAGACAACUAGAUAACUGUAUACCUUCCUAUUGUCACCCUUUAGUGACACCAGUUCACCGCCACAUGCUGCUCUUCUCACGGAUACCUAAACCUCUAACCACAUGGGUGGGUUAUGUCCUGUUGUGUUCCAGUGACACUUCUUGGCCAUCGUAUCUGCUGUGCUGGAUAUGUCCCUAGUAGAGGCCAUCCUUGGUAGAGAAGCGUCAGUUCCUGAAGCAUGUUACACUGAGAAAAGAAACAAAAAUCUGCAUAAAGUAGUAUUCUUCUGUUCUAUACAAAGUGAUUCAUUUUAGAUAAAGAUAUCUAAAAGGUUUUUGUCUAGUAGUCUAAGGGGUAAACUGCACUGAAGGUUUUAUUCGAUUUUGUGGGUCAGACUUAAUCAGACUAUAACUUGUCAUGCUUUUGUGGGAACCUACAAAAUCUGACCCCCCCCCGAUGGACUGCAGUCAUAUUGGUAUUUAGUUCAAGGAGAAUAAUUUUUCUUCUAAUUAAUUUUCAUAUUUUCCUAUAAACUCCAAUGGAGUUUUAUGUGAUAAACUAAGGGAUCUGGGCCGAAUUCAGAUGUUGGGAGGCGCAAGAGCAGGCAGAAGGACAGGGUUCAGCAGCGGGCUAUGCCUUCUGUUGCUCAUACGUUGCGUCUAAGAAUGACACACAAGGUGCCUACCCCUCUUGAACCAAGCGUGGUCUAACACAGGCCACACUUGAUUCAUAGAGCAAUCCGCAGGUUUCUGCACUCGGAAAGGUUGUGCGGCUAAUUGUACAAUGCCCCACGCAGUGGCCAUAGUAAAAAAAAGGACAAUUGCUGCCUUAUUUUGUGCUUUGCCCUUUUAUCUUUUGUGAUGCAAACAGAGCCUUUGUACUAAAAUUGAAGACUUUUUUCCAAGAUAGUUUACAGAAUUAAAAGUCUUAAUGGGAGAGAAGCCUUCAUGGCUGUUAUAACUAGUAAUUUGUUAGCCAUCUCACCAUAACUCCUCUCUUUCAUAAAAGCCUUAGAAGCCCAGUGAGCAUACAGUAGAGGGCAGUUGCUGAGAUGUCACAUUAUUGGACAUGCUGCUGAAACCCUGUAUGGCCUUGCUCACUGUUAGCUACCACUGUUGACUACAUAAAAUGCUUGAUGCCAAACAUGCCCUAUCAUUUAUCUGUCAUUAUUAGUGUUACAUUUGCUGAUACGGUUUGCUGCUUGAGGGUUGCCAUGAUAUAGAAGUGACAAUGAAGGAACCCAGACUGCCUUGCCUUUAAAUGUAUUGUAUUGCAUACUGAUAUACUACUUCUUAAAAUUAGGGCUGUUGUGUUUGUAUGUGUGCUUGCCAACAUUGCUGUUUCCAUCCUUUAGACAGCACUUAGGAUGCACAAGAGAAGCAACAUACAAGUUGGCACGUGUACACAGUUCUGCAACAGCAUUUACUGGGAUGGCAAGGCCAUUAUGGCACAGGUUACAGGAUAUCUGCAUUAGUUAGCAGCAAUAGGAACAGCAACAAUAUAUGAUAGUUAUCUUUAUAUCUCUCCACUCUUAUAUUUGUUUCUUUACAAAUGUGCAAUAUAUUAGUAAAUUAAAUCUUAUCCUCUAAAUAACACCAUCAUUGGUCUGUUUGGCAAGAAGACAGUGUAGCCAGUGAACUUCUGUGCUUCUAAUGCUUGUAAAAGAAACUAGGUUCAAACAUCCAGCUAGUAUUUUAGUUCCCUUGUAAACAGUCCAGCUUGCAAAUGAGGUGCUCCAAUCAGAAAGGGGCUAAUGUGACAUAUAUUUACUACUCAGUUACAUAGCAUUGCCCCUUGCAGGCUGCAUAUCUUUUCUCUUUAUGAUUAGUUCAGCAGUAUAAGGCUUCCAACAAAUUAGAAUGUGUUGCAAUCCACUCUAUUAUUUUCUCUAGUUUUAAUAGGGAGGAAAGCUGCCUAUUUUUUCAAGCAUAUGGGAACAUUCUGUGCCUUUUGCUUUAGCACUGACAUUGAAGGCAGAAAUAUGCAAGAAUUGCUUUUCCAAUUCAAAUAUAGUGUAAAGGCCAUAAUAUCACCUCAUCAUCUUAGAUGACUUAGAACUUGUUAUUUCAUUUUUAUUACAUAUACACCAGCCAUAACAGUAUUUUAGCAUUUUUUCCUUAAUAAUGUUUGCAUACUGUUUAUGUUUGAAAUAGUGUGCAAAUGAUUAGAUUCUAUUUCUUUUUGUUAAGCUUGUGUUAGUCCUAAUGCAAAAUGAUGGCAAGUAAGCCAGCUUCUGGGGUCUGGCUGCGCUCUGCCCCUAGCAACUGAUUGCUUUAGUGCACAGAGCUGAAGACAGGUAAGGGAUUAAAGGGGGGCACUUAUGUGUCUCCCCCCACCCACCCUUCAUGAAUACAGAGCUGCUGAAUGCAGGGCAUAGUGGAUAGUGCAAAAAACACACUAUUACUCCUUUGGUGUUUAUUGUAAAAGAGUAGCUGUUUCUCUUUUUGUUGCCCUUUAUUUGCCCUUUAUUACACUGUUUACAUAGCAAAUAAUUAUCUCUACCAUUUAAAUUGUAUUCUUGAACCAA